CUCAAGGGUUAACCCGUAGACUCCGGAGGAGGAGGAGAGAGUCAGGGAGAAGCAGUCGAUGUCAGAGCUGUCGAUCUUUUCCGAGCGUGGCCGGCUAGCAGACAGCGACUCGCAGCACUGGAGCUCGGGCUGCGGCUCCUCUCCUCCCUCUCUCCCCCAGCCGCCGGCAGACCGACACAGCGGUCCAUGGCCCGGUAACCAUGACGGACUACGCCGAGGAGCAGCGCAAUGAGCUGGAGGCUCUGGAGUCCAUUUACGCCGACUCGUUCACUGGUGAGUCCGCUCCACGAGUUAUUGUUCCUCCAUGGGGUAUGUGAGGUGACCGCGCGGUGCACUCUGGGAGAUGUAGUUCUACACUGUAUAUGAACCCCUGCCUUUCCAGGCGGUCAGUGUAUGUCCCAGGCCCCAGCUGGCAGCCCGGGGGUUCACUUUGGCAGAGUGCCCCCUAUCGCUGCUGGUCACAGUCACUCACUCCAUAGUGGUACCAUGGCGAUGUGAGAGCUCAGUGUUUAUAGCCCUAAUGCAGGAUUAAUACUACUUACAAUAACUUUCUAUAACUAUUCCUUGAUUAUUACAUUUAAGACGCCUGUUUAUCCAGGUCAGAUAUUUUGGCCUAAAAUGAUCAAUUUCCUGGUGGUUUCUCCCUCUGUCUUUAGUCAGGCCAAGUUAUCAGAAAUUCUGAGUGUGGGCAUCCUGAUAUAUGAAAGCAGACGCGAGAAUUCGGUUGGAACCGAUUUUGUUCCAGAGAAAGAAUCUAAUUUUAUAAAUGACAUCUAUGAGUGAGAGCUUCCCUUGAGCUUUAUUGGUAAUUUCAUGUGAGAGACCAUCUACCUGCUGCAGUUAUAUUGCUAUUUUCCUUAUAGAACUCUGAUGUUGUACCUUCAGAUAUCAGUGUCUCUUACGUUUUUAAAACUAGAAUUUUUUUAUUUUUAUUUUAACUGUUCUAAGUGUAUUGUAAAACAGUGUACUUGUUUGUAAUCGUAUAAGUUUUUCUGAUUGCACUUUCAAGCAGCCUUCAAAGCAGCAUGGUCACUUUUUAUUUCUUUUAAAAAUAACAUUUGUACAGCAAAAGGAUCGACAUUUCAAAUAAUAGACAUGUGUUGCAUAGUAUAAAAUAGUAGGAUUAUGCAAUCUAAGUCUAACUAGAUUUAUUUUUUUUUUUUCUUCUAAUUGAAAUAACAUGCUUAAAGGAUCACUGUAGUGUCAGGAAAACAAAACAGUUUUCCUGACACUAUAGUGUCCUGAGGGUGGUUCCCUUCUGUUAAAACCCCUUCUGCAGUUUACCGUAAUCCAGCGCCGGGCUCCCUUGGCACUGGUGACCUCUCCUCCCCCGCUGACGUCAGCGGAGCCGAAUGCACAGCAAGUGCCGCUCGCGCAUUCAAAGUGUCCAUAGUAAAGCAUUUCUCAAUGCUUUCAUAUGGACGCUCUGCGUGAUGGAGGCAAAAUGUGCCUCCAGCGUUGCAGAUGCGCCUCUAGUGGCUGUCCCGAAGACAGCCACUAGAGGCUGGAUUAACCCCAAAUGUUAACAUAGCAGUUUCUCUGAAACUGCUAUGUUUGCAUCUGAAGGGUUAAAACCUGAGGGAACUGGCACCCAGACCACUUCAUUGAGCUGAAGUGGUCUGGGUGACUAUAGUGUCCCUUUAAAUUAUAUGAAAGACUCCACAAGACACAUAAGAGAGGUAGUCUAAGGGCUUGUCUGAGCUAUGCAGUUUAGCAUAACCUAGCUGGUCAGAUAAACCAUAUUCUAAAGUUUGCUUUGCAAAUUAAAAUAAUAAAAUGGUAAUUUACUAAUGUGAUCUGAAGUGAAUUUCAAAGUUAAGGUGAAAAUAGCCAAAUUGGAAACACUGUCUAAGUCCUCUGUAAUUUAAGUUCAGCUACUCUGGCCUUAAAUUUAAAAAUUUAAUUUGAAUCGCCUUUCAGUUCUCUCUUUAGUGAAUAACCCAGUUAGUCAACUCCAACAAGUAGUAAGCAGGUAACGCAGAUACAAAUUACUGUUGAAGGUAUCACCAAUUACAUCCAAAAUUAAUGUGGAAAAGAAGCAAUAACCAACUAGGCUGCAUUGCUACUCUCCAAUAUUCAGCCUAUUCCACAUCACCUAUUUCACUCUGAGUACUUGAAUCAUGAAAUACAUGACUAUUUACAUUUUGGCCUAUUUACAUUUCUCUUUCAGAUGCAAAGGUUGUAGUUUUUUUUGGGGGGGGGGGUUAUUUGUUUGUUUUUAUGACUUGAUUUUUUUUUUGGGGGGGAGGGGGUGGAAUAUUUCCAAAAGGUCUAAAGUGCAGUGAGCAGUUAAUUAAAAAGAACAGGUAUUAUUAACUGCAAAAUGGGAUGAGGGUAGAAUAUUUUGUGCACUCAUAUCAGGGUUUGCAGCACAAUUGUAAAUUGUUCUUAUGUCAUAUCAUUCUUGGUUUAAUGGUACUAACACACUAGUAGAUAUUGGUAAAUAAUUUACUCUAAGCCAGAGCUGGUGAAAAUUUAUAAUGUUGUAAGCAUGACAUAUAGAUUUUUUAUGUUCUCUCUUUAAAUUGUUGUGAGGUCUGCUUUAAAGGGACUCAGUGUAUAACAUAACCUUUGGGUUUGUGCACUUUAUUUGGAUUGACCUAAAUAAUUGCCUGUAUAUAUUUAACUCGUGUGUGUGUAUAUAGCUUUUGGGGAAAAAACAUAUUGCAGUAAUCUGCAUCUUACUCCUACGUCUCUUACCUUCCCCUUCUAAAAUACUUCUUCAUGCUGGUUACUGUAGCUGUUACAGUCUAUUCUAACGCUGUUCCAUGUUUCUAAUAUACCAGUUGCUCAUAUUAUAUAGCACAUCAAAGGAAACUGCAAGUAAAAGCAGAUAACAGAAUUACAACAUAAAGGAGCUGUGCAGGGAUUUAGAGGAUAAAUACAGCAUUAGGAGAAGUUCAAUAGCAAAGCCUUACAGCAGCAUUAUUUGCAGCAGUACCUGUUCAAGAGGUGGUAUUGUCAAAUUUGGGCCUGUCAUUGGUUUCCUCUUCGGAAUGCCUCCUAAAUAACUCAAUAAUUACAGCUUGUCUGCAGCACAUAAUUUCUUAGGAUUGCUUUUAUUUAAGUAACUUUUUUCUUUUUCUACUUUUCUCUUCAGUAUUAACCACUUCCCCAGCAAGUUUCUCUAUCACGGUAAAAUCUGAAGCCGGAGACGAUGAGGAAAGUAAGUUUAUCUUCAAAAAAUAGUAAUACUAACUACCGCUUAGCUUUUUAUAUGGAAAAUAUCGUCUUCUUAAUUUUAAUUUUUCUCUACUCUUUCUCUGAAAAAAGUACGGUAAGUAAAUAUUAAUUGUGUACACUUGAACAUAAUAGUACAUAGUACAUUUCUCACAGCUCUGUAACUUAGAGAGUAAGAAAUUUACUUGGGUUCAUUUUAAACGAGCUCGAAUGAAAACAAGCUCCUAUCAUGACCAUUUCACCUUAAACGAAUAACAGCUGCUUAAGCAAUGCAAGUUAUAUUAUUUAUCAUGAAGGUAAAUUUCAAGUUUAAUUGUUUUCGGAUCAGUUCAUAGAUUACCUUGUCUCCGGUAUGCCAGCUGCACCAUGUUUGGAGAUCCGUGUAUGUCACAUUACUGUGACACCUUGCUUCGGUCCCUUUGUAUAGCUUCCCAACAUGAUGUCUUCAUUGCCCUUCUGAUGGCAUCAGAACAGAGUGACAUCAGUCACUCAUUUGCUUUGUUUUCCCUGCAAGCAGAUGAUGUGCUUUCUGCAGAAAUAUUAGUAUGAGCGAGCAGGAGAACUGCUUCUAGGAUGGUUCUUAUGCCCUUGUGGUCAAUAUGUUGUUGGUAUAUACUUCUAUGAAGAUAAUGAAUUAAAAGGUGUGGAAGGGUACCAUUUUAUACACAGGUUCUUUUUAAUGCUUAGAUGGAAUUUUCAUCUCUUUAAUUUACACUUGACUUGUAUGUAACCUGAAAAUGACCAGAUUUUACUAAUUACAUGAUGUAAAGUAUUAUGUUUUAUCUCAUUCUUUAUUCCUCAGCAGGAAAGCAGGGAUGCUGUAAAUAUUCAAAGGAAAAAUGUUAAAACAUGUGCCCUAGUGGGUUAACCACAAUAUAACAUGUUAUCCAAUAGGAGUGCUCAUUGUAUUAUAAUGUCCCAUGUGACCUUCAGCCACUCCUCUUUCUUAAUGAUGCCGACUAACAUCUCCACAAGACCGCAAUGUACAACAAACUAGAUGCGAAGGACAGCGACUCCCGGAUAAUCCGACAAUGGAACUUUGCGGAAAACUUGCAAUCCUCUGAUUGAACGUGUUAUGAACCGAUGUGGACUAGUGGGAAAACAAUUAGGAGGUUGUAAAGACAGAGAAUUAAGUGGUAAAAUAUGCUCCUGUAUAUUAAAUCUUUUCCACAAAGUAUCAAUUAUCAUAACAGUAUAUCCGAUUUGUCAACAAUUACUUCAACAGAAAUUAGUCAGUUAGGUGAACAACAACAAUACCAUGAAGACUGCAUACUGCUUGUUAAAAUAAUACAUAUUCCCCGGGGAGGGUGUAACAUACCUGUAUCGGGUGGGAUAAUACGCUCCUCCGUGUCCUUAAUAAAAUCAUGACUUUGUCAUGAAAUCAGUAAAAUCUGGUAAUUUUAUUAAAGGACACGGAGGCUCAUAUUAUGUUCAUUCAAAGCUGUGCAAUCUUAGUGGAAAAUUGAGGAACUGGUCGAAAAUAGAAUUACCAAAAAGUAGAUCCCUGGGACCAAUCAACAGCACGGAGGAAGUCUUCUAGCCUGCAGCCUAAGGAGAAGGCUUUAGAUGCCACAGCACCUCGAACAGAGUGUGCUCCAUAUGUGGAAGUGUCAAUGUCAGCCAACAUCAUGAUCCAUUUGACCCAACGAGAUAAGGUGAUUGUAGAAACAGGUUGAUGUGGGCGUCGAAGGCUAGAAAUAAAUCAGCAUAUUGAGGAUCACGUACUGAAGAGGUCUUCUCAUAUUCCUUGAGACAGGCCACUGGGCAGAGAUUAACACUAUGUGAAAGAGCUGGGUAAAAGACUGAGGUAAUGGAUGUUUUCGUACACCUUGAAAUGUCAAAGGAGACGCCAUCUGGAGUAAAGGAGCAUGCUGUAAUGUCCAGUGCACGAGCGUCUGAGACACGUUUGCAGGAGAUGAGACAAAACAACAUAACUAAUUUUGCUGUGAGUUGCUUGAACAAAAGACUUUCAUUUUGAGGCCAAUUUUCAAAUUGUCGCAGGAUGAGUUCCACCUACCAUAAGGAGGAAUAUUUAGAACGUGGAGGACGUUUAAAUCUGAUGCCACGAAGGAGUCGACAUACCAAAGAUGUUUACCUGCUGGAAGUCUGUUCCAAUCCUGGUGGCCUGCCGAGAUGGUUGAGAUAUAUAUAUAUAUAUAUAUAUAUAUAUAUAUAUAUAUCUCUCUAUCAUACAGUAUGCUCAGUAGGAAACUCAAAAAAAUGAAUCACAGGUGCAGAUAUGGGAUCCACAUGUUGUUGCAUACACCAACCAUUCCAUGAGUUCCAUGCAUGGACAUAGAAUUUCCUUGUUCCUGGGGCCCAAGCUCCCGCCAUGAGAUCCAAAGUUGUUCUUGGAACGUUAGGGACGAAACAGAGUAUCCGGAAAGGAGCCAUGCUAAUAGCCUGAGAUGUCCCUGGAGGAGAAGUGGAUAUGGGUUCCUGUUUGGAUCCAGCAAUAGGUCAAAGAAGACCAGGAGCAAUCUCGGGUAGUCUAUGGACAUUUCCAUGAGUGUAGGGAACCAUGGCUGAGUUGUCCAGGACAAGCUAUGAGGAUCAAGGAGAUCCAAUAACGCCGGAGAUGUUGAAGUGUCCGAGCAAUGAGAGAGAAGGGUGGAAAGCGUAAUGGCAAGUAUUCGGCCAUGGUUGCAGGAAGGCAUCUGCUGCAAAAGCCUCUGGAUCUGGUCUCCAGCUGAAAAAUCUCAGUAGUUGGGAGUUGAAACGUGAUGCGACUAGGUUGAUCUACAGAGGGCCCCAAAGAGACUGCAAACUGAGAAACUGAAUGGUUCAGCCGCCAAUCGCUGGCAUCCUGUAAUUGUCUGGAGUUCCAAUCCGCAACUAUGUUGGACAUCCCCAGAAUGUACUCCACUUGCACAGACAUAUUGCGAUCCACACAUAAUUGCCAAAAUUCCAUUGCUGCUUUGCCAAAAUUGUUGACUUUGUGCUCACCAAGGUGGUUGGUUGAUGUACCAGACGCUGAUAUGUUGUCCAUCCGUAAAAGUAUGGAGCAAUUGGUUGAUACACCCAAGAGGCUCCAUAGGGCAAAUCAGCCUGCCAGCAGUUCGAGGCAAUUGAUAUGCAUUCCUUGUUCUUCCACGGACCAUAUUCCCCCAGGGAUAUACGUGGUUAUUCACUAAACUCUGAAUGGUAGCAAAUUGAAAAUUCAAAUGGCAUAAUUUUAGACUAAAUAGUCAGGUUCUUUUUCUUUUUUCUUUUUUUUUUCUUUCAGAUCCGGUAUGUCUGCCAUUUUAAUUUGCUUCAUUUUGAAUUUAAUGAAUAACCCUGCAAGUAACUUUUAUUUUAUUUGGUGUGAGUGGUCCCACGUUGCUUUCAUCAUUAACAAAACCUUUUGUUCUGAAGUAUACCUUGUAUUAAUGUUCUUUAGCUAAUCUUUGAAUUUCCAAAAGAGCAUGUUUUGCUUUAUAUUGGAGAAAGGCAAAUGAGGUAUACAUCUACCAAUCUGUCUUCAAAAUCACUGUAAGAUCACAGCUCUGUGUAGUUUAGUAUUAGUUGCGACUUAUUUCAAUGAAAACUUCAUUAUGUAGUUUAACCAAGAACAAAUUUGCUGUAAAUCAGGUGGAAUCAAGUUUAGCUGACUCAGGAAAGAUUCUGUGGAUCUGUAAUUGAAUUUGGUAGCUUUUUAGAUGCUGGGGCACCUAACAAGUUCUUCUGUCAGCUAAUGCUUGAUCUGAAUUAAGAUUGGCACGGUUAUUUCUGUAUAUAGAUAACUUCACUAGAUACCCUUGAACAGCUGUGAGGUCUAUCGACUAAACAAUUAUCAACAUGAUAAAAUAAAUCAAAAGGGCAAACUUGGGGGAAAAAAAUCCCAGUUAUGUAACUGAGUGAAUAGACUUCUACAUCUGUAUAGAAUGAUUAGUGAGAUUGGACUGUGUUGAAAGAAAAGUUAGAAAAUUAUGUGCAAAUAAAGAAAAUAUAUUGCAUUUAUGUAAAUACUCCAAGGACAGAUUAUGGUUAAUUCAUGUUUGUGUAAAUCAAAAUACACUCUUCUGGAGAAUUUUGUCAAAUAAAAAAACGAGAUUUUGAUUACUUGUACUUGUAGACAGUUGCAAUAAUAAGUCUGCUUAUUUUGCAGAUGUUCAAGUAAGUCUAAAGUUUGUCUACGUGGAAUCCUAUCCAGACGAGGCUCCCCUCUACGAAAUUGUUUCCCAAGAGAACCUUGAAGAUUCUGAUGCAUCAAGCAUACUGACACUAUUGGAGGAGCAGGUUUGUUUCAUGUCAUUUUGCUAAAUUCUUUUUUUCUUCCAGGCAGAAACUACAACACAAUUUUCCAUUUUAUACCAGAUAUAAUGAAAACAAGACCCAGCAUUUUGGUCAACCACUUUUAUUUAAAAUAACUGGUGGCAUGUCGUGUAAGUGCUAGUAGUAGGUGGAUUCCUUGCAUCUACUGAACCCUUUCACCAUCAGUGUCAAGAGUAUUUUACAUAUGUUCAAUGUAUGUAGCAUUUGCAGAAUAUACUGGGUCAUUAACAAUGUGCAUCACCUUUACUACUAAAGGACCAGUGACCUCUACGAUAUCAAAACAAUCUGUUCUUUUACUUAAAACAGCACUGUCAUCACCUCCCUUUUUCCCAAAUGAGCAUUUCAUAGAGUUUAUAAAAUACUCACUGAAAUUCCAACCCAGUCAAACGAUAUACUGAGAUUAAGUAUGAACUGACAAAGCUUGACACUAGGUGAGGCUACCGCAGUCAAGCCAUCACUUGUCACAGCUAUAUUGAAAUCAAGCUCUUUCUAUGGUUGCAUGUGCUAGAGUACAGCGCUGGUGUAGACUUCUGGCAGCUGAAGUGCCAGAAGCUGAAGAGGAGCAGUAGGAAGAGAAUGGUGGUGCCCGCGAGGGACAGGUUCAGGUUAAUCUCACAUUUGCCUCCCACCCUCAAGCGGCGAUGGGGGUCUUUGCAAAUUUUGUGACAGAUCUACUAUAGAGGUACUCUAUAGGCAAUGUUUUUAUUGCAGGGUUAACCUGCCUCCAGUGGCUGUCAUACUGAGCAAAUCCUCUUUGGCAUCCAAAUCCUUCUGAUUUCUUGUUAGACUGGAACAUAGAAUUGUUUUAUCUAGAUGCAAGUAUCAAAGAUCUCUCCACCAUUAAAAAUCACAUUCUGCUUUUAACCUGCACUUUAACUAUUUAUAAAGUGCAUUACAUAACUUGCCUAAAUACAGUAAUAGGUCCCCAGUAAAUGACAAGCUAAAAGAAGAAUAUAGAAUUAAUUUUUUGAUCCAGUAGAAAGGGAGGGAAAUCAUGAUUGCUGCUUGAACUAUGGAAAAAUAACUUUACGGUAAGACAUAACAAAUGGGAUGUAGCAAGAUAAAACACAGAGUGGGAAUAAAUUAACCUAGAGAACCCACCAUACAGGAGCCUGUGCCUGUUUUGCCAAGGGCAGGCAGAGAACUCUGCUACCUGACCUGUCUGUGUUGAGGAAAGGCAGACGCUGGGUAGCUCAGGUUUGAGUAGCCCUUUAUAAAGCUAGGAGAAAAGGAGACUGAGGGUCUGCAUUUUGUUUUUUAACCUUUAAAUGCUACCUGUACUGUGAGAAAUGGGAAACUAACCCUUAUGACUGCUACUUGGGCUUUUUUAAAAUAUAAAUAUGUUAAAGGGACACUAUAGUCACCAGAACAACUUCAGCUUAAUGUAUCUGUUCUAGUGAGUAUAAUCAUUAUAUGCAGGCAUUUUCAUGCAAACACCGCCUUUGCGUGUCUCAUGGCCCACUAACAUACCAGAAUUUACGACUUUCCCAUUUCCACUAAAAAGGCCUGGGCUGUUGGUGUGUUGUGAGGGCUGGUUUUGGAACUGCUUUUAUAGUGUAGAAUGAAAAUUGAAUGUGAAGGAGUAUAUAUAGCACUUGCUCUGUUCUGAUUGGAAGACAAUGAAGUUCCGUUUUUAACAGGUUAAUGUUUUGUGUUGCAUCAAUGUUGGUUAAAGCUACCACUGCAUGUAUUUUGUUCUCAAUUUGCAGGCGCAGGAAAACCUUGGAAUGGUAAUGAUCUUCACUUUAGUAUCUGCCGUUCAAGAAAAGCUAAAUGAAAUAGUAGACCAAAUAAAAACGAGAAUAGAAGAAGAGAAAGUACAAAAGGAAAAAGAGGCAGAAGAAGCAGAAAAGGUAUUGAUGCGGUAUCGCUUUAUUAUGGUCAUACACUACCUAUAGUCAAGUCUAAUAUUUUCCAGAAAUUCCAAUAUAAUUUUCACAUAUUAAUAGAAUUUGCUGUUAUUACUCAAUAAAAUUACUCCGUUCUUUUUCCAAAAUCACUGUAAGCCAAGAUGCAUUUUUCAUCAAAACUUGUAUUACUCAUUUUAAUACAGGACUUAAAAUCCAAGCACUUUUCUUGUGAUGGUAAGCAUCUAUUUUCUUAAAUUAGAAGAUAAGGCAAUGUGUAAUUUUAUAGGUAAGCAUCCAGUAACCCUUCCUCUUUGUUUCUUUAAACCAUUUUCAAUAACAUUUCUACAUAAGAAAGUGUUCUCUUGGUCAAAGAUUACAUGCUAGAUGAUAGCCAUUACAUGCCAAUGUAGCAUUUAUGGUGCUAUUAGGCAGUGGGUGUUGUCCCUGGGUCAAAGCAGUUUAAACAAGGCUCCACAAGGAACCUGCAACCCACUUACUUUUUGCCUAUUGUUAAUGUGGAAGUUUUAAUUUCCACGCUAAUAGUAUUAAUUUAGAUUAUAUUGGAGUGUGGUUACUAUGGUAACACGUCAGCACUUUAUUCAUUCAUUGAAUGCCAAGAACUGACUAUAUGCUCUAUUUAUUUACUUUUUGAAAGAUCUUUUGAUGCUACAAGGCCCUGGAGAAGUAGGGUGCUCCCUCCACAGCCCCCUUAUAUGUACCACAAUCUGUGGAAGGGGUUUAGAAAAUGUGCAGUUGUAGAGCAGGUUUGCUUGGAUCUUGGUCAAGGAGGAAAUUUUGCAUGCAUUUAGAAAUGUGUUUUAAAUACAGUGUUUUAUAUUUCUUUCGUCUUAGUGUAGUGUGAUAGUGUUCUGCUACAAAGGUUUCUCUAGUGAAAAAUCUAGUAACAUGCAGUUGUUAUUGUGCUAUUGUCUGUGUGCGUGUAGCAUAAAAUAAGACUCAUAACUUCUAUCCAUUUCUGAGUUUGCUUGUUUUUUGUGUUUUCUUUCUUAGGCUGCAGUUAAUCCAACCCCAUUUAAGAAUUGCAUUAACUCAAGCAUGUGUUCACAAUUCUGAGAAUGGAACCUGCAAUGUUAUCCUAUAUAAUAGAUUGAGAGGCAUUAUAACUUUACUCACAUAUUUACUAAAAAAUUAAUAAGCGUACUUUGCCAAUUUAGGUUUUGGUGCUGAUUCUGUUGUUGAAAGUUCAGAAAUUCAGAAAGGGAAUUGUAGUAGAUGGGGUGGUAAUGGGUGUAUAAUGCAUAUAUAUUUUAAUAACUGUUCUUUUCAGACACGUUUUCAUGGGACUCCUGUAACAAUUGAAAACUUUCUCAGCUGGAAAGCCAAAUUUGAAGCAGAUUUAGCAGAAAUUAGGAGGAAAAGACAGAAGGAGGAAGAGCAAUCAGGGAAAAAUAAAUUAACUGGUAAGAGUCAAUUUUUGUUGUAUUGCAGAGCUCGUUUGAAAUUGCUGUAAUAUUUGCAAUAUAUUUGCUUGAAUUGUGAAUAUUGAUGAAUACUCUGAGGUUGACACCAUAUUGUUACCUAAAAGCCAUGGCUGAAUUUUACAGUGAUCGUAAGACCUGAACAACAAUUUAGAUAACUAUCAACUAUGGCUUUAAAUUUGUCCAGUUAAGAGUCUAGCCAAUAGAUUAUCCUGAAAACAGGUAAAAUACUUACCAAUAGGGGUCGUUACUGCCAUGACCUAUGCGUAUGGGCCCAAUUCUGGUAUGCAGGUGCAUAUGUACCAUGCAUGGUAACGGAUGAUAACUAACCUACAACUUUGUAAAAGAACAUAAAUUUCUUUUCAAAUAGUUUUUAUUUUAACAUUUUUGCAAAUUUGUACAAGUUGUAAUAACAGUAUAAUAAGGGUAGGGGGAAGGAAGGGAAAAACUUGGAAGUGGGAAAGAACGUAUAUUUCUGAUGCAUUAGUCUGUAUAGCAGCUAGUGAUAGUCUGAGAACAUAAGCUGACAUCCACUAGAAUCCCAUACUACCAGAAUUAUUAUUAUUGCUAUUUAUAUAGCGCCAGCAUAUUCCAUAGCGCUUUACAAUGUUAUCAAAGGGGGGAGAUUUAACAAUAAAUGAGACCAUUACAAAAACUUACAGGAACAAUAGGUUAACAGGACCAUGUUCAAACGAGCUUACAGUCUAGAUUUCACCCAAUAUUAGUUCCCUGCAUAAUUGUUUGAGCAGUGAGUCUUUAACUUCCCUACCAUUAGCAACUUUUAUUUUUCUUAUAAUGUAUGUUACUACUCCAUGUGAUAAUUUGAUAGUUUGUAAAUAUAUAUGUAUAUAUUUUUGUUUGCACAGGGAAGCAGCUAUUUGAAACAGAUCAUAAUCUCGACACAUCUGACAUUGAUUUCCUAGAAGAAGGUAAUAUAACCGUUCAACUUGUGAUUUUUGGGCUAAGAUGUUUCAUUUAAUUGAAGUUAAACUCUGUUCGUUAUGAAGUGUCACAUCCUUAAUUCUGGUUUUCUCCUAACAGGUAUUUUUUUCUGUUAUUUCAAGUUUUUCUAUAAGGAUACUAAAUACACAAUGAGCUAGCUUGGAAUUUUGUUAAAAUCCCAAUACUAUCAAGUGAUUUGAUAUAAAACUAAGUAGGGAGAGUAACUUUUCUUCUUCUGUACAAGAUGUCUCUUCAAAAAAUUUGACAAAAGGAACAACUUACACGGGCAAUCCGGACGCCAGCAUAACCAGUCACUGUCCUUUUAUGUACCCCCUUACUUAUUAGCAGUGUAAAGUGAAAUUUUAAAUAGUAUACAGAGGUGGUUGUGCCUGUGUGUGUGUCAGUAUAUCUGUGCAUUUGUGCCUUUGUGUGUGUUUCUCUUGGUGUGUGGUAAUGUUCAUUUGUAUUUGUGCGAAGCAAUGUGUGUAUUAAUGUGAACAUGCACUUUCAUGCAAACACAACUAUUAACAAAAAAUACAAAAAAAAGGUUUAGAGAAUAUCUUUUAAAUUUCCCUGGGUUGAACUAAGAUGAGUUCUAUCUCUAAAUACUCCUUCCUCCCUCCCGCUACAAUGUUACUAAUUACUUACCCCAGUAGGUAUAUGAACUUUCUUAACAUUUUAGGAUAAUUAUUAGGGUAGGCCUUGUUUUUCUUAUAAAUAGUUGUAUUCUUAGAGUAUAUAAAAAAUAUAUUUAUUUUUACUUUCACAGAACUAUUCUGUAUUAGCCAAGGCCUGUGACAUAUACCUUACAGUACAGAAACAUGUAUUCCUGACCCUAUAGUGUUAAAACCACCAUCUAGCCCCCCACCCUUGCAUCCCUGACUAUAGUAAAAUCUUACUUGUAUUCAAGUCUACAGUUGCUGUCUGUCACCUGCCUACAUGCUUGACAUCAUCAGAAGUGAUUCUAUGAGCCAAUCACAAUACUUUCCCAUAGGAUUGGCUUAGACUGUCACGGAGGCAGAUCAGAGGCAGAGCCAACACAAGUCAAACACAGCCCUGGCCAUUCAGCAUCUCCGCAUAGAGAUCUAUUGACUCAAGGCAUCUCUUUGAGGAAAGUUUAGUGUCUCCAUGCAGAGGGUGAAGUCACUCAGUGGCAGCACUGCCCCAGGAAGCACCUCUAGUAGCCAUCUGAGGAGUGGUCAGUAGAGUUCUCCCUAGGCUAUAAUGUAAACACUGCAUAUUAUCUGAAAAGACAGUGUUUACUGCAAAAAGCCUGAAGGGAAUGAUUCUACUCACCAGAACAAAUACAAAAAGCUGUAGUUGUUCUGGUGACUAUAGUGUCCCUUUAAUACUGUGAAUACUACUAGCCUUCCAGUUAGUGAGAAACUCUGAUCAUUAAAUUACCUUAGAUUUAGCUGCAGUGCUUACGCCCUAGGUGUUUUAUGCUACCUGUUGGUUAAAUAUAUCUGUAAUGUAUCUUACCUUAAAUAUAUCUUUAAUGUAACUUAAAUUAUCUAUAGUAAUAUAUCUUAGAAUGUAUCUCUAUUUCAAAUUUACCAUUUAUCUCGGAGCUUUUAUAGUUUAAUUAGCCUCUCUUUGUCUAUUAUACAUUUCAAGAUUCAGCUUACAUUUGUAGCAUAUUGCUACAAUAUACUGACUUGGUGAUGUAUGUUAGACUUUAAACUACAGUAUAUUAACUGCUAGAAUGUAUAUUGUUUUACUUUAACUUACAUAAAAGAUUUCCUCCAGUGUAUAAUCUUAAAAAUAUAUAGCUGUAUUACAUUCAACAAUCUGUAAUUGUUAUUGCAUCUAAUAACUCUACAAUUAAAAUCAGUUUUUAAUUGUAAUUUUAAGUUUUUGCACAUUAACAUAACACUUAUUUUGUUUUUGCUUUGGUGUUGAUUCACUUAUACUUUGUUUACGCGGGUUAUUGGGAUCUAAGUAUUAAGGUGUUUUUGUGUAUUUCUAAAUAAAGCCUUUAUCGUUUUAACUGUAUCUAUAAGUACUUUUGUUUAUUUAUAUAUAUAUAUAUAUAUAUAUAUAUAUAUAUAUAUAUAUAUAUAUAUAAUGUGUGUGUGUGUGUGUGUAUAUAUAUAUAUAUAUAUAUAUAUAUGUAUGUAUGUAUGUAUCUCACUUUAACAGUGCUCACUACUGCAAGGGAUUCCAGGUAGGCAUAUGCAAAUGAGCUCAACAAAGAACCAUAUUUUUGCCUCCUAAUUAUUCUAUACAUGGAUUUCUUGGAGUAUGUGUCUGCUGUAUACAGCCACUUUAAAUUCUGUUGGUAUGUUCUUUACAAGUAACGCCAUGCCUCCAUUGUACGCCAGUAACCAACCUCAUGCUGAUGAGUUGUAUUAACAACAAAACAGCUGUCCAUGAGUGGUUCACUGGCUUUGCUCUUCUUCCUGAGUUGUUUCAAAGCUCUUGUAUACAGUAGACAGCGUUUGUGACUAAAUGGCUACUAAAUAAGACUGGACACAGUGCCCUGGGUUGUCUAAUUUUUCAAAUAGUAUGCCAUAGUGGGUUUAAUUUUAAUUUCUGGGCUGCAAUAAAGUCUCAAAGGCAACAUAACCAAUCUGUGAAAUUUCAAUUUGCAGUUUUUAAUUUGAAACUGUAACUUUCCAAAACACCAUAAAACCUGUAUAUGGGGGUACUGUUGUACUUGUGAGACAUUACUCUACACAAAUAUAGUUGUGUUUUUUUUGUGUGUGUGUUUUUUUUUUUUCUUUUUUCUAGAGCAGAAAUAUUUUAUAAUACGGAUAUCAUCCGUACAAGGGCAGUUUACUUGUGAAAAAUGUAAAAAAACAAAUCUGAACGCUAACUUUGGCCAGUGUUUGUGAUUAAGUGGCUACUAAAAAAGACUGGACAUACCCCAUUUUGAAUACCCUGGGUUCUCUACAUUUGCAAAUGGUAUGCUAGGAUUUUGAUAAUUUUCAUUCCUGGGCUGCCAUACGAUCUCAAAGGCAACAUAGGCCCAACAAACCAAUCUGGCAAAUUUCAAUGUAUAAAACCUGUAGAAGGUUAUAGUUAUAUUCGUGAGACAUCGCUGAACACAAAUAUGUGUGUUCUAUUGCAGUAAAAGCGAACAGUAUUAUGACAUUCAUGUUUAAGAAAAUAUCAAAAUUUCUUAAUUCUUUUUUAUUUUAAUUUUAUUCAUAUUAAAUUAUAUUUUAUGUAUAAAGAUUUGAUGUGAAAUGAAAGUCCUAUAUUUCCUGAACAAAAUGAUAUAUAAUAAGUGUGGGUGCACUUAAUAUGAAAGAGGUAAAUUAUGAAUGAACAGACAAAUAGCUAAAAUUCCAGGAUUUGUUUUGAUCAGAACUUGUAAAUUAGCUUUGUCCUUAAGGGGUUAAUGUGAAUAUGCACCUUCAUGCAAACACCAAUAUAGACAAAUACACCCUCGCAUGCAAAUACUAUCACUACACACAAUCACACCCCUGCAUUCAAACACCAAUACCAUGCACGAAUACACCCCUGCAUUCAAACACCAAUUCUAUGCACGAAUACACCCCUGCAUUCAAACACCAAUACUAUGCACAAAAACAUUCACACAUACAGUCCCCAUACUAAAAUAUGCUUACAUUAACACACAAGCACUUCACAUAAAUAUAACCCUGCAAGUUGGGAAAUUGUUACAUCCACACCUGGCAAAGCAUUGUGGGAGGUGUACGAGGAUCUGCCCUUUGGACACACCUGCUCUAUAGAAAUCUUAUGGUAUCUUUCUUCAUUAGUUCCACAACAGGAGAAGCCAGAUUGCUCUAUAGAUCAAACAGGGCAGUGCAGGGCUACACUCAUUGAACUGUAUUACAGUGAGCUAUAGUGUUUAUGGUGCUUGGAGUGUUCCUUUAACUAGAAAAAAAAAUCUUACAAUGGGCAAAUGCAGGCCUCAUGAUUUAUUUUUAGUUAUUUUCAAAUUAGCAAAUGCAUCUACUGUAGUUUUUGUGCUAAGAAAGACGGUUUUAUGCAUUUUUGGGUUUAAUAUGUAAAUUGUUGAUUGAAAUAGCAUGCUGAUGUCUUUCUUUUCAUAUUGCAGCUGGCAACAGUGUUGAAGUUGAUGAGUCCUUAUUCCAAGAUUUGGACGAUUUAGAACUGGAUGACGAAGAUGAUCCAGAUUAUAACCCAAUUGAUCUAGAAAGUGAUUGAUGUCCUGGAAACAGCAUACAUUUGGAGUCACAGUAUCUGUGACUACAUUAAGCAUGCAUGCUCUGUUAGAUUAUUCCUUUUUUUUUUUUUUUUUAAGUCAUUAGUUUUAAUUAUCAGGAGGAUACCCUUCUGAUGACAUUUAAAUAUUGUCGCCUAAUAAAUUGACUUAAAAAAAAUAGCUUUGUGUGCUGUUGAUUGCCAACUUAAUGCUCAUGUAUUAAAGAUAGAUCCUGGAGGGGGUGGGGCCUGACAACCAACUGAGGCAGAUGUGCAUGGAAACCUAAAACUAAUUAAAUGACAUGGGACUUAAGCCAAAGUUUCGACUACAAACCUGCCUAAUCAAUUUGCCUGGACAGUACCAGUAGUCUGACUGAGUCCCAGCAGACGGGUUUUCUGUGCAAAAAAACUACUUCUUGCUGAGGUCUACAGUAUAGUGCGAGGUGUGGUAGACGGCCGCUCCUUCACCCCACAAUUAAACAGCCUGUCUAAGGCCCAACACCCCCCUCCCUCUUGUGCCGGUGGGGGCACACAACAGUUGUAGAUGGCGGCGAUAAGAGGCAAGAACCCAGCGGGCCAAACACCUUAAGCCGCCACCACAACAUCCUGGACUCUCCACGAGAAGUGCAUGCUUUUACACAACUGUGGGAGAGCUUCUGGCCAAAAAUCCACUGCAGAGCAGAGAGGGAACGCUCCC